CCCCUACUGACUGGUUUUGUCUUUGAAUCAAUACAAUUUGACCAAGUAGUGCUGACUCAUGGGGCCUUCACCACGAUCAUAUUCUAAAGAACGACAGCGUUCGCCGUCUCCUUCUUACAAGCGUAGGAAACACUCUCAUAGAGAUCGGUACGGAGAUUCUCACCGGUCGCGAGAAGAAGACAGACAUCGAUCGCGGCGAGACCGCAGUAGCGACAGAGAUAGGUCACAUCGAUCAAGGAACGACGACGAUCACAGAACUUCGUCGAGAUCAAGAUCAUCACGGCACGACGACCGAAGAUCUAGCCAUAGAUCACGAUCCCACCAUAGACGAGAAGACGAAAUAGCAUCAAUCAAGAUAUAGAUAAUCUGGAUAAAGCUCGCGAAACUCCCAAAGCACCUGCUGCUGAGGCUGGUUCUAGUCAGGCCAUGCAAGAAACUGCUGCUCUUGCAGCCGACGAGAAACAACAGCAAAUUGAUAGAGAAGAGGUCAUU